UGAAAUGAAGAAUUGACCAAUUAUUGACCAAAAUCAGGUGAACAACUAUCCUCACUUAAGUCCAAGUUGUGACGCUAUUUCACUUGAGUGGUCUGAAUUACAAGUGCCAAAUAACACAGUUGGACUACAGCAACUUUGAAUGUGUAGCGGAGUGCUCAUUAUUUCCUGGUUAGACGAGCGCUCCAGCAGUCCCUGCUUCCUAUGUGUGGGUGAGCGCCAGCAAAGCUGGGAUUGCAUCUCUGUUGACACCUCCGCACAGUCAGCAUGAAGCAGGGAGAGAGAAACAAGCAGACAGACUGAGUCGGAGCAAGCGGAGGGAUAGAAGGGUGCCAGGAAGAGGACACUGAAAAAGGGAGAAGAGAGGAAGUUGUUGCGGCUCAGCAGCAGCCAGACGUCAUCUAUUUGACAAAAGAACUUACGGGACAUUUUCAAAUGCAACAUGGAAGCUGUUUGGUCUCUGCAAGCCUAAAAUUUGACUUGGUGCCAAAGGAUGAAUGGAAGAAUGAGACACCUCUUUGUUAUGAAUUAUUAAAAUAAGAUGGCUGUCAACGCUUUCACCAUCUUCCUCUUGCUGCUCAUCGGCUAUUGCACAUCGCACCCAUCACCUCCUCCUCCGCUGGGAUGCAGUGAGAAUGUGAAACCUUCGUACAGAGUACUGUGUGACCUGGAGUCAGUGUGGGGUGUUGUUCUGGAGGCGUUGGCCUGCAGCGGGGGCCUCACCUCGCUGAUCCUGUCUACGCUCCUGCUCGUCAAACUGCGCUCGAUCUCUGACCCAGCCAGACGAUCUGGCGUGGGACCGCUUCUCCUGCUCCUGGGCACGCUACUUGGAAUAUUCCUAAUUUCUAUUGCUUUCCUCGUGGGAAAGAAUCAGAUUCUGUGUGUGAUUCGCAGGGCCUUCUGGGGCCCCCUUUUUGCCCUGUGCUUCUCUAGCUUAUUGGUGCAAGGUGUGCGUCUUAGGAGGUUGGUGGUCGGGAAGUCAAGCCCCUCAGGUAGCUCGCUGGCUGCACUUGGCCUGGCCUUGGCCUUGGUUCAGGGGAUCAUCUCUGCUGAAUGGGUCCUUCUCACUGUAGUCAGGGAGGGACACCCAGCCUGUGAAUAUCCACCUCUGGACUUUGCUUUGACAUGCAGCUACACCCUAGGGCUGCUCCUCAUAGCUAUGGGGCUCUCUCUAGGGGUGGUGUUAUGUGGGGGCGAGUUUGGAGUCGAGGCACCGCAUGACAGUGAGGAGGAUAGAGAAGGAGAGAACGACAAAAGGAGAUGGAAAUGUAACGCAGUAUGGCUCUUCCUGGCAAGUCUUGCAUCAGCGUUGCUUUGGGUGGCCUGGCUCGGCUUCUAUCUUUACGGGAGCCAAGCGGUGAGGCUCAGGGGAAAAGCGGGGAGGUCAGGCGGAGGAGCGGAAAAGGCAGAAGACCGUCUUCUGGAUGAGCCUGCUCUGGCGGUGGCCCUCAUCGUCCAGGGCUGGAUUCUGCUGCUGUUCCACGCCAUUCCAGAGAGCCACCUGUGCCUCUGGAACCGUCCACAAUGUGGCACGCAAGAUUUCUUUGACACCAGCGAGACGACACCUCCUCCACACUUCAGAGACGAGCUCUCUGCACAUUCUCAUCAAGCCUUCCAGGAAAACCAGGCCUUUUCUAUGGAGGAGCACAGUGCAAGUCUCCGCAGUGGAAACUACCCAAGCAGUCACGGGAGCAUUCGCCCCGGAAUCGCUUUCAGAGGUCAUGUCUACCAACCGACUGAAAUGGCUCUUGUUAUGAAUGGCGGUACGAUGCCCACGGCUCCUAUUAACUACACUGGAAGACGACUCUGGUAAAGUGGUAACGUGACAUCACACACGUCUGCUCCUUCAUUUCCUGAUGCCUAACUGAUGCCUAAAACAUAUCACACAAGAUGGACUGACGACAGCACAAUGAGAUUCGUGUAUUUAUGUUGUUGCUGAAUGUAAAAAAAAAAAAAAAAAAAAGAUGAGGACAUUUUGUUUGAACUGAAGGCCGUCAUCACACAUUGUAUCUAAUAUGUAAACACACUGUCAGGGAGUGUUCCAAGGAGGACCAAUACAAAUCUGCAGGAUGUGAAUUCACAUUCCAUUUGCAUACAGCCCACCAAGCUUGCUUCGACUCACAUGUCCUUUUAUGUAUUUUUCAUCAUUUGACUCUUCCAUUUAGAGUGCUAACAGAUAUUAUCAGAAAAACAUGUCUAGAAAGUCUGCAUCACGUGGGUGACUAAAAAGCCAUUUAAUACUAUAUUCACCAGCUACAACAUUAAGUACACCUGCACAAUUUUAGGUGCAAAACAACAAUUGGAUCAAUUUGCUCUUGUGUAGUAUCAUAAACAAUUCAACAAUUCAGUAUAAUGCGUAGUUAUACAACCACAAUAUUACACAAUAUUGUGACAGCAUCUAACAGCGUCAAUCAAAACUCGCACCGGAUCUUAUUCAAUGUGCAGAUGUACCUAAAUGGUUGAUCGGUGAGCGUUUACAUAUAAAUAUGUACAUAUAAAAUCCAAGCUAUCUUGGACUCUGCCAUUUUGCACUUUAUCAGAGCUAAUUUGGUCACUACUGUAUGUGGUAAUAUUUCAGAUGGAUUAUCUUGUAACAGUAAAAUUGUACGUACUGGAUUUUUGUCUGGAUUUUCAGUGUUUUCUAGGAUUUGGAUGUCCAUACGGGGUGAAAAAAAAUGAUUAACAUUAGAAAAAUCAGUAACAAAAAUUGCAUCAAGAGACAGAUGGUUUUUAUUCUGUCACCAAAAAUAUUAUUUUAAUACAACUGGAGCUGCCAUAAGUGUGUGACGUCAGUGUUGACAGUCUUCUCAACCAGUUGAUUGAUUGAUUGAUUGAUUGCAAUUCCAGAAGUGAACAAACUGUUCUUGCCACAGUUACAGUGUUGCUGCAACCGUUUACUAUUUUUUGGGGGUAAAAGUUGAGAGAAAACUUGCUUUCAAAUCAAAUGUAUGAAUAUUAAAACCUUAAGCAGAAACAGCAAUUUUACUUAAAGGCCAAUCUAAUCAUAUCACUGGGAACAUUUUGGACCAAAUCUGUUUUUGCUAAUUAAUGAGCUAUUGUUCAGGUUUCUGCAAUGUUGCUUUUGUGAGUGAGAUUUUAUGCUACAAUUUUAUAUCCUGCAAACAUUAUGUGUACAUGAUUACGUGAUAUUAUGAUUUAAUCGACUUUUAAUCAAGUUUGUUCAUCAAAUGUGAGAAGCACUGGUAUUUACCUUUAAUGGCAAUUGCACUGUCACCGUUUUAAGGCAGCAUAACAUGAAUGUUUGUAAUGUGAUUUGCACAGAGUGGCUAAUACAUCAGUGCACAUUUUCUCCUAAA